AUGAUAACAAUUAAAUUCCUAUUAUUUUUUCUCUUUUUCUUAAACAUUACAAAAAGUAAAAAGACUAAAAACAUAUUAUCUUUAAAUUUCUUGAGUGCAUUUAAUGAAAACUUAAAGAGUGAUAAUUCUUUCUUUUUAUAUAACAUAAAUAGAAAAACAGUAAAAAAUAAAUUUAGAAAACAUUUUAUAAAAUAUAAUAACAAAAAUGUUAAUUUAAAUUAUAGUUGUAAACCUCAAAAUAAUCAAGAGAGAAAAAACUUACUAAGAGAAUCGAUUAACGAAAACGUUAAAAAUGAUAAUGGUAAUGUAAAAAAAGUAGAAAACAAUGACAUUUCAGAAAGAAAAGAAGAAUUAAUUAAAGAUUCUUUAUCAAUAGACAAAAAUAAAAAUGAAAAUAGUUUACAAGAUUAUAAUAUUAAAAAUGAAUUAGAAAAAGAGAUAAUUUCAGAGAAAUUAGAAAAUCAAAAAAAUGAAAUUAUAAAAAAAUCAAAAUUUCCAAUCAUAGGAACACAGUUAAAACCGUCAGGUGGAUUUACAAAAGAAAUAUUAAAUAUAAUUAGACAAAGUAAUGAUUAUAUUAAUAUUAUAAAUCAAGAAAUCAUUAAAGAUAAAGUAGAUAAGAAAAUAAGUGGUAAUGAUUUAUCAUUCUUUGAUAAUGAGGAAACUUUAGAAGAGCAUGAAAUAAACUAUUUAAAUAAAAUAUAUGAUAACAAUCAUGUUCUUAAUAUGUAUAAUUUUCUUUUAGUAUGGAAAAAAAGAAAAAAUAUUGAUUUAUCCGUUUUUGUUUCAAAAAUUACAGAAAAUUCCAAUCUUAUGCCAGGUGAAAGAACAAUAAUAAAGUUUUCUGAAAUCGAAAAAGUUCAAUAUUUAAAAAAAAUUAAAAAAAAUAGAAAUGUUUGUAUAGCUAUGAUUUUUGUUGAUAAUAAAAGUAAAAAUAAUGAUGAAUCAUCUAUUAAUCACAAUAUGUUUCCUAUAGGUAUAAUUGCUCAUCCUUUAGAUAUAUCAUUAUUAGAUAAAAGUGGAGAAAUAUCUGUAUUAAAUUUAUUUAGAUUUAAAAUAAAUAAUUAUAAUAUUACUGAUAGUGAUUUUAUUGUAAAUUGUGAUUUAUAUAUAGACAAUAUUCAAAAACUUAAUAAUUUUGAAUUGACACAAGAAAAUAAAAAAAUUAUUAUGAAUUUAUAUGACAAAAUAUUAGAUCUUAAAAUAAAGUAUAACGAAAAAAUUGGAGAAAUCAGUGAAAACGAAAAAUUAAAACAUUUAGAGAAAAUAACGGAUAGAAUUGAUGAAUAUGUAAAUGUUUUAAGUACUAAUAAAACAAUAGAUUUUUCAUCAAAUAAGUUAAAUUUUUUUACUUCAUUAUAUUUAGAAUAUUUUUCUUUUUUAGCUUUAGAUAUGCACGCAAAUAUACAAACAAAAUUACAAAUGAUGUAUACAGACAAUACAGAGUUACGUUUACAUAAUGUAAAAACAUUUUUAAUGCAAGUUUAUGAUGAUUUAAAAUAUAAAUUAAAAGGUUUAUAA